GGGUCUGUUUACCGUAUCUCGGCCGUCUGCCCUACGAGAUUGUGGCGUCUUUGCGACAAGCCUCGAAGCCUCACCGGUGCGCUCUACUUAACCGGAGUUCCGCGUGUCCGCGGCCGUCGCGUGUUCCUUCGCCACGAUGAACCUGUCACUGGACUCGUCCGAGCUGUACCAGCGAAGGUCCGAGCAGCUUCGCAGGGCCGUGCAGGGUCUCUCGCUGUCAGAUUCAACGUCCGACACGAAGUCGGACACGAGCGGGGACUACGCAAACGUGACGCCAACAUCGAAAGGCGUCAAGGCAAAUGGCGGCGCCCCGCGAAAGAGCACCGGCAGCGAAGAGGAACCACCACCGUUGCCGCCGCCGCCCGCACACUUGACACUCAAGAACGCCGUGCCUUCAGCGGACCGAGCCUCCAGAGUCACCGUGCUGCCCAUGCUUGACGUGAUGGCGUGCUGCAAGUGCGGCCACGGGUUCGGCCCUUCGGAGCAGAUCGUCAACUCCUGCGGCCAGGUCUGGCACCCUGAAUGUUUUGUAUGCGCGCAAUGUUUCCGGCGGUUCCCCGGCGACGUCUACUACGAGUUCGAGGGCCGCAACUACUGCGAGCACGACUUCCGCGUGCUGUUCAUGCCGACGUGCGCCCAGUGCAACGAGGGAAUCACGGGCCGCCUCAUCAGGGCCCUGGGAAGGGACUGGCACGCGCACUGUCUCUGCUGCCGACGAUGCGGCGAGUGCCUCUCGGACCAAGGGCUGCUGAGCAUACACCGCAGGCCUUACUGCAGAAAGUGUUACAACGUCAUGCAAGCGGAAUACAUUGGCAAGCUGAUAUGCGCCAAGUGCGAUGAGGUGAUCGACGAGAACCCACUCAGACGAAGAGGCGAAGUGUACCACCCUUACCACUUUAACUGCGUUAAAUGCAGCGUGGAGCUCACGAGCGACGGGCGCGAGAUCAACGGCGAGAUGCACUGCCUCAAGUGUCACGACAAGAUGGUCACCUCGGUGUGCGCGGCGUGCCGGAGACCCAUCGAGGACGCGCGCGUGGCCUGCGCGCUGGGAAAGAAGUGGCACGUCGAGCACUUCGUGUGCGCGCACUGCGAGAAGCCGUUCCUCGGCCGCAAGCACUACGAGAAGAACGGGCACGCUUACUGCGAGACGCACUUCGAGCAGCUCUUCGGGUUCGUCUGCUUCGUGUGCAACCUGCCGUCGGCACAAGGCUACAAGUCUCUGAACAAAAUGUGGUGCCCGCCGCACUUCAACUGCUCGUAUUGUGACAGGCCUCUUGCUACGAAGUCAAGGUUUCUCGACGUUGACCUGAGGCCCGUAUGCAAGAAAUGCUUCGAGAAGUUUCCCAGCAAGCUGAAAAAGCGCCUUCUCAAGACGACGGAGAAAAGCAGCCUUCCGAACAAGUAGAAACAUGUGUCUAAAGAAAAUUGUCUUUUUUAACGUAGAAAAACAAGAGAUUUAAAGUUAUCGUGUUCUUACAACUGAGAUUGGAAGAAAGGCCGUUAUGUUUUAAAGGCUCACUAAAAUUAUCAGCAAGAUGUAAUAUUAUAUUGAAUCAGAAUUAGUGCUAAGACUCAUGCGCAGACUUGUAGGUAUCUAACGGUGGUGCUGUCGGAUCAACAAUGACGACGAAUAUCUAUAGCGUUAUGGGUUAGACGCAAAUUAAGUGUUUCGAUAGAAGAAGAAGAAAUGGUAGGGAGGGGGGGUGUAAAAAUAAACAGAGCGUUUUCUCUACGCUUACACUGUUGUUUCGUUGCACUCGUGUGUUAAACACGAUCGCGCUUAGUUACUUAAUUAUCAUUUACUGUCAAUUCAUCUCAGUUACUGUAAGCAGAAUAGUGACCAGAAUGUCUCCGAUUGCGCUAACGCUGAUCAACGCAGUGUGUACGUGACAUCGAAUAUUCCCUCCCGCAGAAGAUAAGGCCACAAAAAUAAUUAAAUAACAAUAAAAUAAUUAACGUUGUACCACUGACGUGGAAAGUUUAGGUGCAUGUACCAAGAAAGAGCCAUGGUUCAAAAGAGCCCCGUGAACAGGUUACCCGUUUCAAUGCCCACAUGUAUGCCGGCGAGGAUCACAUUCAAAGCACGUGCACGAUGUGAUUCACGCUUUAGCAUUUCCGCGUCUCCUUGAGACACGAGGAAUGCCAGAACCUCAAGACGCUGACCGGCGAUACCGGGCUUCUCUGAGAAAUGCUUACACAGCAGCCGCGAACGUUUCGCAUGAGACCCGCUCUUUGGACUUCUAUCAGCAGACGU